AUAAAUUUAAAAAUGGAAAAGUUUGAUCGAUGGGUUUCAUUUCGAUUUCGAUACUAUUCUGUUGAUAGCAGCAUAUGUAGUUUUCACUCGGAAUAGCUUUCCAAUAUUCUAAAGGUGUAUACCUACCAAAAUGAGUGAUUGGUUAUCACAGAUUAAAAAUGCUAAGAAAUCUUGUCUAGUGGACAGAAAUCUCAAAAAAGUGCAUUAUGCCUUCGAAAAUGGCAGAGAAAUGGUGGAAGAAUAUAAUAUGGACACUAAUGUUCUUACUAGAAGAGCAUGGAAGAGCAAGAAAGAAUUGGGGCUCCAAGACAAUUGGGAAGUAGAAAUGGGAGAUCCAGAACCAACACCUUCUAAAGAUGAAACUUUGAUACAAGAAAGUUCCAAUCAACCAUUUGUGACUAGAAGAAAUACAAGGGUAAAUCUUGAAUGGCGUAUUCGUAACUUGCCAUACCCUUUGAGUAUAUAUUCUGUAACAGUAAAUCCUGAAGAAGGUUGUCUUGUUAUUAAAACAACUAAUAACAAAUAUUUCAAAAAACUUGCUGUUCCUGAACUUCAAAGACUCAAUAUUGUAUUGGAACCUUGCAAAAUAUCUUUUUCUCAUAAAUUCAAUACAUUGAUUGUUGUUUAUGAGAAACCAAAUGAGCUUAUUGAGUUUGAGAAGUUGGUUCUGAAAGAAAUUCAAUCAGUGAAACAGAAAAAUCAUGAUAUGGAUUGUCACCCAAGUUAAGGAACUGUAUUUAUAAUAUUGUCCUUUAUUAUUAUAGUGUUAUAUUAAAUUCCAUUCUUACUGAUAUUAACAGUAAUUUCAAUCAGCCUACAGUUUCAAUUAGGUCUUGUGGCACAAAAAUUAUACCUCCUGAUAGUAGGUAUAAUGAUCAUAUUAACAUGAUUCAUUCAAUAAAAUGUUGAAAAAUAUGUCUUAUGGUAAUUAACACUAACACAAGAAAAAAAUAUAUACAGGGUGGCCAUAAAGGGCCUAUACAUAAACUUACCACAUAUUCCUCAUACCAAAACAAUCCCAUACAACCCAACUCACCUAAGUAUGAAGUUGCUUAGUUUGGAUGCUAGACGGUUCU